AAUGUGUAAAAAUUGGGUCAUUGUAAGGGUGCUGAUGACCACGCAAUUGAGUGCCCCCACUAACCAAACAUCAUCAUCAGUUUUCACUUGAGUAAGCACCAGCCACGAGAGCCUACAUACAAUUAAUGCGGGGGUAGUUUGAUAACAUAUCAGGACAAGUAGGUAAAUUGAUUUUCAGAAGAUUUAUUCACAGUUACAAUUGUUUCAUUGCCAGGGGAAUAGUCCAUAGUGUAAACACUGUACAUGGUCGUGCUUGGUUUUCAGCACACGCUUGACAAAUGCAUAGCAUUAAGUAAGAGUGGCUUGUGUAUUUGCUAUCCCCCAGUGCCCCUAUGCAACAGUGACAAAACCUGCAAUUGGAGGGACCAGAGAAUGACCAUUUUGGUGUUAGUCUGGUUUUGCAGUUAUGAUUUUAUUAUUGACAACAAAUGUAUUUGUACAAGGCAAGCCUGCAAUGCUGAGUCAUUGGGAAUUUUUUUGUCAGUCUUUUUUGUACACUUUAUGUUACAUGAGGACAGCAUCAUGCUCCAUGAAUAUUACUAUGGUUUGUGCUGUACUGGGAAAUCAUCUUUUACUGAGAUAAGAUCCUUGUCUAGAUGUGAGCAGACUGUAUACUUUAGAAUUCAUCUUUCAUUCUGUAGUGGAAUGCACACUGUGCCGAUACAUCAUGGCAGACUAAAACUAUGUACCAGAUCAGGAUUCAAACAUCGAAUUUUGCCUGUGCAGGCAAUGCUCUUAAGGACAGGACUAUCCAGGCACAACUCAGGACCUGCCCUUCCAGCUUCAAUACUGCCUGUAUCUCUUUUCUGUUUUCCAAACUUCAAAGAAGCUCUCCUGUUACUUGCCGGACUAUCACUCCAUAAAAUAUUUUCUAUUCCCAAGAAAGUUAUGAUACUGAAUCAUAAUGUGUGUUCCUUAGCUCUACAGCAGACUGAUGUCAGCAGUAAAGAUCUGUAGUUAUGUGCAUUUCCAUGAUGGCUUGCCUUGAAAAUGGAAAUGACUUGCAUCUUUAACCAACUACAUGGCAAACUUAUUGGUCCAUUCACCUAAAGGAUCUCCUCUGCAUCUUCAAAUGGUGAUAUUGACUAUCUAUGGAAGACCCCAGGAAUACCUCAUCAUUAUUGUGGGGAAGAUGAAAUGUACAGUCAAGAGCUGGACUUUCAUUGCUUGCAUACUGUUACUUCUAUACUCAAGAUUUUGUAAAUGCUGCAGAUUGCUAUGAGCAGCUGACAGCUCUUGUCCCUGAAGAAACAGAGUACAAAUUGUACUAUGCUCAGUCUCUGUAUCAGGCCUGUCUGUAUGAGGAGGCUAUGAAAGUUACAACUCAGAUAGAUGAUCCAGCAUAUACCACCAAGGUAAAUAAAUUAAAAGCUGCCAUAAAAUAUGGAGAAGAAGAUCUGGCUGGAGCAAAGGGUCUCGUGGACAGUGGUCCAGCUGAUGACCCUGAUACGGAAAUUAACCUUGGAUGUCUGCUAUAUAAGGAAGGAAGAUAUGAAGAUGCCUUGCAAAAAUUCACAUCAGCAGUACAGAUUUUGGGAUAUAAUCCACACCUUUCAUACAACAUAGCUCUUUGCUAUUACAGGCUGAAAGAAUAUGCUCCAGCUUUAAAGCACAUUUCUAAUGUUAUAGAAAGGGGUAUCACAGAACACCCAGAGUUGAGCAUUGGAAUGGCUACAGAAGGGAUUGAAGUACGAAGUGUGGGUAACACACUUACUCUCCAUGAAACAGCUCUCAUAGAGUCAUUUAAUCUUCGGGCGGCUAUCGAAUACCAGCACAAGAAAUAUGAAGCCGCUAGGGAAGCUUUAACUGAUAUGCCUCCAAGGUCUGAGGAGGAACUAGAUGCUGUUACACUCCAUAACCAAGCACUGAUGAAUAUGGACACAAAGCCCACAGAAGGAUUUGAAAAGCUUCAGUUCUUAUUGCAACAAAACCCAUUUCCUCCUGAAACAUUUGGAAAUCUCUUGCUGCUUUAUUGUAAAUAUGAGUAUUUCGACCUGGCAGCUGAUGUUCUUGCAGAUAAUGCAAGCCUUACAUACAAAUAUCUCACUCCAUACCUCUAUAGUUUCCUAGAUGCACUGAUAACACAACAAACCUCCCCUGAAGAGGCAUACAAAAAAUUUGAUGAUAUUGCAUCAAAACACACAGAACAGCUCAGGAAAUUAACAAAGCAAGUGCAGGAGGCCAGACAAAAUCUUGAUGAUGAAUUUGUGAAAAGAGCUGUUGCAGAAUAUGAGGAUGCUUUGGACAGGUACAUACCAGUACUUAUGGCACAAGCUAAAAUUUACUGGGACAUGGAAAACUAUGCACAAGUUGAGAAAAUAUUUCGUAAGUCUGUGGAGUUUUGCAGUGAAAAUGAUACAUGGAAACUUAAUGUGGCUCAUGUAUUGUUCAUGCAGGAAAAUAAGUUCAAAGAAGCUACAGGAUUUUAUGAACCAAUUGUCAAGAAAUAUUUUGAUAAUAUUCUUAGUAUCAGCGCUGUAGUACUUGCAAAUUUAUGUGUGUCUUAUAUAAUGACAUCUCAAAAUGAAGAAGCUGAAGAAUUAAUGAGAAAAAUCGAAAAGGAGGAAGAGCAACUAUCAUUUGAAGACCCUGAUAAGAAAAUAUUUCACCUCUGCAUUGUCAACCUUGUCAUUGGUACACUGUAUUGUGCAAAAGGCAAUUAUGAAUUUGGAAUAUCACGUGUAAUUAAAAGUCUUGAACCUUAUAACAAGAAACUUGGCACUGACACUUGGUUUUAUGCUAAAAGAUGUUUCCUUUCCUUGAUUGAAAACUUGGCAAAGCACAUGAUUGUUGCCAAAGACUCUGUAUUCCAAGAGUGCAUACAAUUUUUGGAACACUGUGAAGUUUAUGGCAGAGAUGUUAAAACAGUGAUACUGCAGCCACUUGAAGAGCCUCACUUACAUCAGGGGAAAAAUACAGUGACAUAUGAAGCUCGACUCCUAAAGGCAUUGCUCCUAAGACUACAAAUGUAUUAGCCAAAUUGCAUGUUGGAGGAAAAUGCCAGGAAAGAAGAGUAAUAUAGCAACAGAAAAGAUCAUAACAUGUUCAGUGGAAUUACAAAAAGUCACUCUUUUGUUCUCACAGUAGUUUUUCAGGGAUACUUUGUCAAUGUAUAUCACUUGCUUAUGUAUUAUGUUGGAAAUUGACAAAUGUGAGAAGGAAGAUAAGAACUACUGUUCAGGCAUGAGAGAAAUAGGAAACCCACAGAAAGCAGAAAAAUUAUGUUUCUCAUAUUACCACUUUUUCACACUAAAAAUGUGUGACACAAAAUUUGUUGGAGACCUUAUCCUUUUUUCAGCAGUCUUGUAAUAGGUACUCCAUAAUUUGCCUCAAAAGCAACUCUCUUCACACCAGAAAUGGAAUUUUGGUAGUUAUUUUUUCAAACUGGAGAGCACACAGCCGGUCGUGUACAUGUACUAUUAUUACUGGUGCUGUGGCUUUUAGUCUUAUGUAAGUAUAAGUAUUUAUUUAAUUACAACUAUUAAUUGUAUUUACAUUUAGUUAGAUAUUACUCUGCAAAUACAUGUAUCCUUAAUAUCUUUUUGUUUUCCCCUAAUUUUAAAUAAAACUUCUAUUCCAUAAACUGAUAGCUCCCCUGUAUAGAUAAUAAAUGCUGUUGGAUAAUAAAUGCUGUAGUUAUAUAAUUGGAGUUAAAGGGAGAGGGUCAGUUGAGGGAUGCAAGAAGGAACCUAUGGAUAAUGGAUUAAUCAGUUUAUGGGACAAUUAAAUAGAGAAUUAUGAAUUCCUACUUAGUCGUAGAUUCCAUUACUUUUCUCGUUUAAACAGUCUGUCUAGUUGUUAAAACAUCCGUACAUUUCUUUCUACCUGCUGUACCCAGUGUAAUUCCUGAUCACCGGCUUUGUCGAAUUUUUUUUCCUGUCAUCUGUUUAAUAUACCUGUUUCUUCCCCAGCUUUGUUACAGUACAGGAAUUUAAGAAUAUUGGGAAGUUCUACAUUGAACUGUACUUUUAUG